AACAGGAAACAAAAAUCAAAACGAAGACAGUGGUGGCGCUGGUACUUUUCCGAGAUAGAGCGGGAUUUGACGGCGUAGGUAUGAUAGAGUGAGAUACAUUGUAGUUCCUGAAAUCAUGACCAGCAAUUACAAAUUCUGGUAUCAAUUAGUUUGAGUGAUUGAAUGUAUUAGGGUUUAAUUGGAUGCAAUUGGGUGUAACUGGUUGCAAAAAACAGCAUUCAAACCCACGAAUUUACCUAAGCAGCAUUAAUUAAAGCCUAAAGGACUUUAGCUAGUUGAAGAAUUCAAGUUAUAGUUUCAUUCUCGAUAAAUUGAAUUCAAGCCAUAUCAUGGGAGUGAUCGAAAAUGGGACUGUAACAGGGUCUUUACCUGAUGAUGAAGUUUUCGUUGUUCAUUACUCUGCAUAUCCUUCUUCCAUGUCUCGUGCAGUGGAAACCCUAGGUGGAAUUGAUGCUAUUGAUAGGGUUCGCAGUUCCAAGUUAAAUAAAUUGGAGCUUCGUUUCCGUCCUGAAGACCCUAGUUCACAUCCUGCUUUUGGUCAUAUUCGUCCUUGUACCAAUUUGCUUUUGAGAAUAUACAGAAAGAAUAAUAGUGACAAUCAAAAUGAUCAUUGUUCUACUACCCAAUCUAUGGAGUGUAGUUCUGGAGAGGCUGGAAAUUCAACUGUGCUUUCUGCUGAUGUUGUUGCUCGAGUCUCGGAAGCUUGUUUUUUUAAUGGAAUGGUGGAUUAUCAGCAUGUCCUUCCUGUUCAUGCUGAUGUUGCGCGGAGGACAGAAAAGGAUGAUCUUGAUGCGGAUGAUGAAAAUUUGAUGGUGCUGGUUCCUCCACUAUUUUCGUUGAAAGAUGUUCCCGAUAAUAUAGUGUUGAAGCCAUCAAACACAUUGAGUUCUAAAAAGAAAUUGGAGGGAGUUGUCCAGCAUCGCUGGGAGAUGGAUAUUGAACCAUGUCUCGCUAUUGAUUUCAACAUAAAAGAGAUCCCUAAACGGGUGAAUUGGGAUCAGCAUAUACCACAAGGAACAGAUCAAUGGAAAUGGCAGAUGGCUGUGUCCAAAUUGUUUGAGGAACGUCCCAUAUGGCCAAGAAGUUCUAUCAAGGAACGCUUGUGUAAUGAUGGUUUGAAAUUCGGAGAGCAUAUGCUGAAAAGGCUCCUGUUCCGGAGUGCAUACUACUUUGGAAGUGGACCAUUUCAUAGGUUCUGGAUCAGAAAAGGUUAUGACCCUCGUAAGGAUCCUGAAUCUCGCAUAUAUCAAAGAAUUGAUUUCAGGGUUCCCCCACCUUUGAGAGGGUAUUGUGAUGCGGCUAGCGGAAAAAAGCACAAGUGGGAGGAUUUAUGCUCAUUUCAGGCUUUCCCUUACAAAUGCCAGACAUAUUUUCAACUUUCUGAACUUGUGGAUGAAUACAUCCAAAAAGAGAUACAAAAACCUCCAAACAACACUGUUUGCUCUUGUUCUACGGGAUGGUUCGCAUCAUAUACUCUUGAUAUUUUAAGAUUACGUGUCGCGGUGAGGUUUCUAUCAGUGUAUCCUCUAGAUGGUGCUGCAAGUUUGCUUAAAUCUGUUUCUGAAAGAUUUGAGAAGUCAAAAAAGAUGCGCGCCAAUGUAAAGAAUCUCAAGCCUGGUGAAGAUGGUGAAUCGUCAGCUAAUCAAGAGCUCACUGUUGAUGAAGAUAAAAUAGAAGAUAAUGAUGAUGAAGAAGAAGAAAAUGAAAUUGAGGAUGAAGAUGGUGAAGAAGAAUUGGACAUAGAUUACACUAACAUAGACGGAGAGGAUGCUGAUUACAACAUGCAGUCUGAUUCUAAUGUAGGCAAAGGGAAUACUUCAAGAAACUAUCUGCAAGAAUUAUUUGAAAGGUUCCCAUCCUCAGGUGUUUCUCAUAUGUUUCCCGGUGAUGAUGAUGGUGAAUAUCAAAUAUAUGAACAAGAUAGUGAUGGAAACGACUCAGAUACUGAUUACUUCUGAAGUCAUCUAAAGCUCUAUUCACGUAACUCGGUACGAGAAUACAUGUGGAAGUGUAAAUAAGUGAUGUGCAGAUCUUUUGUCAUGUUUCAAAACGAGGUUCAACUGAUGCAACAUGCAACUCAUAUUCUGGUAGCCGAAUGCAUCAAGGCCAGGGUUUAUUUAUGCGGCUAUUAGCUUCUCGAUCUCUAGGUUGUGGGAGGUGACUUAUUGUUCGUUUCUCGUUUGAGGUUUACUAUUCUGAAAUCCCCUUUGAUGAUGUAUAACUAUGAAGUGUUGGAAAAAAAUACGAACAUGUAAUGUUGAUCAAAGAGUGGUUAUCGUCGAGUAAAAAUUGUCCGAACGUACAAGGCUCUUAAUUUUAAGGGUUUUCAAUAUUAGCUUAUGUUAGCUUAUAUUAUUUUUUUAAUUAAAUUAGAUUUUAGGUUUUAAAGUUGGGAAUUGGCUUAUUUUUACUUUGAUUAUGAAUAAUUUUUCUGGGUUUUUGACUGCUUCUGUUGAUGAUUGAUGAUGCCAAAUUGUAGUAACUGAUUUUUUUCUUUUGAGAUGAAAAUGUAUGAGAGGAAACAGAGAUAGUGAUAGAAUGCCAAAAAUGUGUUUCUUUGAAACAUAAUCACACCAUUUCAUUGAAUCAAGUGGCUCCCAAGUCCCUACGAUAAGAUCGGGAUCGUGAUUGAAUGUAGGCAACUUGUAUAAUUGUUAGUUACAAUAAAAAUGUUGUUUUUGAUUGGCCUUUAAAAGUACACA